GCUAAAGAGGAAGGAGGAACACUGGCCCAGCGCCAGGUGGCCCGGAUGGAGAGCUGGUUUCCGGGGUGGUGGGCUCCAGCCGGCCCCCUCAUGGCUGUCCGGCUCCUCCGUUUGCUCCUGGUGCCCUGGACCCUGCAGCUGGCAGGAGGGCAGUCAGUGAGCCAGAGCGGCCCCCCGAUCCUUGUCUCCCUGGCCAACAUGACCGCCCCCUUUGGCUGCAGAAUCACCUACCCUUACACCCCAGCAUUCAAAGACUUCACCGUCAGCUACUUUCACAUAGAUCUCCAAGGCCAGCAGAGCCCAAAGAAGCAAACGACCUGCCACGCCGGCCCUGGCACAGAGAACCAGACCUACACCUUGACUUGCUGGGUCAGACCCAGGCUGCCGGAUGCGUCAGCCACUGGCACCUACUACUGCUAUGUCCACUGGCAAAGCGUCAGGGUGAGGGGCAGCGGCACCUUCAUCCUGGUCAGAGACACAGGGUACCAACACCUGCCGCCGAGCUCCCGGAAGACCCUGCUGUAUGGUUUCACUGGCCUCCUGGCUGUCCUGAGUGUGCUGGGCACAGCUCUGCUGCUCUGGAAAAAGAAACAGAGGCUGGUUCCAAGGAAACACCCCACCCCGUCGUGCCCAGACCCAAGGUCUGCCAGCAGACCCACACAGCCUGCUGCGGAGUCUGCCUACAUGGCCCUGCAGCACCGGGAGACCGAAGUCUACGCCUACAUUGAGAGCAAGGAAAACAGCCCGCUCCCUGCCGGGAGUCCUCCUUCCCAGGAGAGAAGACAGCAGUUUGAGGAUGACAGUGAGGUUAACCUGGUCUAUGAAAACCUCUAGGACAAGUUCCAUCAGCCUUGACCCGCACCAGAGAGGCCCAGAGCAGUCCCUCUCGCCAAAGGACUCCAUCUGAACCAGGAGCCAGGCCCCAGGGACACCGUACCCCUCACUCUUACAUGCAGGGCCCCCCUUCCUUGGGCUGCCCCACGCCUCCACUCUGUACCCCCACCCAAGCGCGAGACCGCAGCCCAUUCUGUGGGCUCCGAGGAACCCAGGAGGACAUGGCAAAGAUCUUGUCAGCGCUGUGAUCGAGCCCUGAGGAUGGAUGAGUGACGGGACCCCCAUCUGACCCAAAGGCUGGGUGGCCAUGCCCAGUGAAUCGGGAGGCUGUUGGAAGGGUGGGAGACAGGUGGGAAUAAGCCACACCCAGGCUGGACUGGAUGUAGCAAGAGAGACUGACCCCAGGGGUCCUGGGGCAGCGCGGUCAGUGUCUGCUGGUGAGAAGGGAUCUUCUGGCAUGUUUGGGGUGGGGCACAGGGUUCAGGACAGCUGCUGCUCCCCAGGAGCUGAGUGAAUGACUUGGACCUGAGGCUCUCCCCUUCCCCAGUUAGGAGCCCCAGGUUGUCGCGGUGCAUUGACCUGGUGCCCUGCACUCACUGUGCCACCCUCCUGUCACUCUGCUCCUCAGGCCUCCCCCUCAGGGUCUAGUCCCUUAAGUCAGUCCCUCUGUCUGCCGGACCCGGCCCACCACCUGCACUGCUGCCAGUCCCCUCCUCCUCAGACUUCACCUGCCUCAGCCCCUGCCUCUGCAGCAAAGGUCAGGAGGGACCCUGUGGCCACCAGAGCUGCCUUGAGACCUCCUCUUUCCCAUGGAGGUGCAGGGGUGUGGCUUGGUGCCUGGCCUCCCUGACUGGGCGCUUAGAGAGGUCUCUAUGUUGCAGAAGCUUAGGCUGGGGCAGUCAGGGGGCUCCCCAGUGCCUGACCCUGAGCCUUCUGCUUUUCUAGGUGGCAAGUGACACCUCGAGGUGCAUCCCAUAGGGGCUCAGUGUCCCUGUCAUCCAGGCUAUCAGGCUCCUUCCCUUUUCUCCCCACCCUGUUUUGGCCUUCCCACUGUUUGGCCAUCUGGGAAUCAGAGAGCUCAGUCUUCCCUCCCUACCUUCUAAGCUGCUCCAGAGCUUCCUGGGGUACUUUUGUAUCAAACCCCAAAUAUGCUCAGGGAGAGGGGGAAACUAAGGCACAGGCCCAACUCCCAAGCAGCACUGGACCACCAGCCCUCAGGCAGCAUCAUUUUAUUUUUUAUUUUUUAGAUUUUGGGGACAGGGUCUUACUCUGUAGCCCAGGCUGACU